AGGUAGCUUUAAUGUAACAAAAGAUGUGUGAUUUCACUGGAUAUUGAAACAUAUCAAAACUUUUGGCUCACAUCAAAAUUUCCCAGUAAAAGUUAAAUAAUCUGACCGUAAAAAUGAACAUAAAUUAUCCAAAUUAUGAAUUUAUUUCAAGAAAUAUUAAUGCCGCAUUUCGUUGAUAAUCAAUAGUUAAAAAAAAUAUGAAAAAUACCAAUUUUCCAGGAAAAAGAGGACAGAUAAUAAUUUUCGGAAAUGACGAAUACGAGAGAAAUCGGUUAAUGAGGAAAUACCUAAUACGAGGAAGUAGAAAAACAUCGAGAUUAAAUUUAAGGAAUGCACCAAAUCCUCAAGCCAGAGGAGCUGUGAGAAAAGCAAUUCGUGACCUUGAAAGACAUCAACCUGUAGGUUUGAUACAAAUUUUGUCUCUAUGUAAAGCAAUUGGAAGACGUAUUAGAGUUCAUCAUCCAGAGAAGAAUGUAGAAUUUACAAUCGGGAAAAGAUCAAAAGAAAGUCCGAUAGACCUAGAAUAUCAUGAUGGUCAUUGGACUCUAAAGAAUGAGGAAGAUCCAGAAACGGUUCGAGCAGCUGCCAAUGACUGUUUAUUUACAGCAGUUGCGGCCCAACUCGGCGGUUCCUCACCAGCUAGAAUAAGACAUCAAACGAUACAGGAAAUGAAGUUUAGCGAAUUCCGAAUCGCUAAAGAAUUAGAAGAAUUAAUGUUUCUGGAAAAGUGGAAAGAUGUCUUGGAAAUAAUGCUAGGUGGAGCAAGAUAUGUUGGUAGAUCUGCUUCAGAUGCUGGAAGGGUAAUCGAUAAUUCGCAAAAUGGAAGUUGUCAUCCUCAAGGAAUGAGUGGACAUCCACGCGGACAUGCAUCCUAUCCAAAUGGAUCAGGUUCGACUGAUUCUGUUGAGAAUUAUUCUAGAAGUGGAUGGAAAACUGGAUUUUUGAGCAGAGGCGAUCAGAAUUUUGUUGGACAUCUAGCUCUUAGGACUGGUUAUGCUCAACGAGCGAUGGAUAGUUUAAAUAGUGGAGGGACUAAUGAAGCUGUUCAUAUCAGUUCUAGAGAAUUAGGGGCGGAUGAUUUGCCUUUGGCAUGUGAAUUUAGGAAUGGAGAACGUUCAGGAAGUCCUCAAAGGAUCAACCAAGUAACGGCCGUUUUAAGACAUCAUUAUGGACGAUCCAGAGAUAGAGAUGCGGAUGUCUUUGUGCAUACAUUUUACCCUCGAUUGUGAUUAAAAUUAAAAUUUGCAAAACGGUAAUCCUCACAUUUUUUUCUCUUAGUGAAAGAAAAAAUCAACCGAAUUUUUUCAGAUUGCAAAGAAAUAGUGGAAGAUCUUUAAACUUUCGAAAAAUUUACUAUGGGUGUAAAAAUUGUAGAACAAUUUUUUCUGUGUACUAUUUCAGGAAUGCCUUUUUAAUGAAGAAAAAAUUACUUUUUUGGGUUCGGCUAGAUUAACAAUUACUUGUACAAAUUUCGAAUGAUUUGAUCUUAAACUUAUUUAAUUGAAAUUAGAGCAAAACACGAUUAUUCUAUAUUUUCAAAAAUAUACAAAAAACUUAUUUAUUUAAAAGAAGCAGUGUUAAUUUAGCCAAAUAAAAAAAGGAAUUUUUUUAAUUAAAAUAAUAAUUCGAAAACUGCUUUUGUCUAAUUGAAACUAAAUAGCAAAGGUUUCAGGAAAGAAAAAUUUCAACUUUUUAAAAAUCAAUGUUAUCCA